GCCCGCCUCUUCGCACACGCGCAGUGUGCCCAGUGGGGGCGUCGCGCGGAGCCGGAGCCGGAGCCGGGGCUUGGGUUUGGUUGGGAGGCUGGCUGUUGGGUCCUCGCUGGUGGAUGCUAGUUACCUGCCUCGUACGAGCUGGAAGGUACACCUGGUGUCCUUAAAUGACAUUGCUGGUCAUUAGCAUACUCUGGAGUGUUCCACUUAACCUCUCAGCAGACGUGGAAGAAUGACUAUCCCAACAUUUCUCAGACAUCCUGUUCUGUGAACUUAUACUCUGCUAAAAGCUAGAAUGAAACAGUUGCCUGCAGCAACAGUUCGCCUCCUUUCAAGUUCCCAAAUAAUCACUUCUGUGGUCAGUGUUGUAAAAGAACUGGUUGAAAACUCCCUGGAUGCUGGUGCCACAAGCAUAGAUGUGAAACUGGAGAACUAUGGAUUUGAUAAAAUUGAGGUCCGAGACAAUGGUGAAGGUAUCAAGGCUGUGGAUGCCCCUGUGAUGGCCGUGAAAUACUACACCUCCAAAAUAACCAGUCAUGAGGAUCUUGGCAACUUGAGAGCCUAUGGUUUUCGUGGGGAAGCACUGGGGUCAAUUUGUUGUGUAGCUGAGGUUUUAAUUACAACAAGGACAGCUGCUGAUAAUUUUAGCACCCAAUAUGUUUUAGAUGGCAGUGGCCACAUAGUUUCUCAAAAACCGUCACAUCUUGGUCAAGGUACAACUGUAACUGCUUUAAGAUUAUUUAAGAAUCUGCCUGUAAGAAAGCAGUUUUAUUCAACUGCUAAAAAAUGUAAAGAUGAACUCAAAAAGGUCCAGGAUCUCCUCAUGAGCUAUGGUAUCCUUAAACCCGACUUAAGGAUUGUUUUUGUGCAUAAUAAGGCAGUUAUUUGGCAGAAAACCAGAGUGUCUGAUCACAAGACAGCUCUCAUGUCAGUUCUGGGGAAUGCUGUUAUGGGCAACUUGGAGCCUUUUCAGUACCACUCCGAAGAGUCUCAGAUUUAUCUAAGUGGAUUCCUUCCAAAGCUUGAUGCAGACCACUCUUUCACAAGUCUCUCGACUCCAGAGAGGAGUUUCAUCUUUAUAAAUCAUCGACCUGUCCAUCACAAAGACAUAUUAAAGUUAAUCAGACAUUAUUACAAUGUGAAGUGCCUAAAGGAAUCUACUCGUUUAUAUCCCAUUUUCUUUCUGAAAAUUGAUGUUCCUACAACUGAUGUGGAUGUAAAUCUAACACCAGAUAAAAGUCAAGUAUUAUUACAGAAUAAGGAAUCUGUUUUAAUUGCUCUUGAAAAUCUGAUGACAAUGUGUUAUGGACCACUACCUAGAACAAAUUGUUAUGAAAAUAAUAAAACAGAUGUUUCCUCAACUGACAUGGUUGUUAGUAAAACAGCAGAAACAGAUGUGCUUUUUAAUAAAAUGGAAUCAUCUGGAAAUAAUUAUCCAAAUGUUGAUACUCCAGUCAUUCCUUUCCAAAGUGAUGUACAUAAUGAUGAAUCAAGAAGAAACACUAAUAAUUAUUUAAAUCAGCAGACAAGUAUUAAUGAACAUUGUGAUGAUUUUAGUAGUGAAAAUUCUAAUAUUGAUAAGGACACUAGAAAUACAUUUCCAAAAAGCCCAAUAAAUAACUUAGCAUCAGAAGAUGCCCCAAGUGCUAAUAGUGAAACUGGUUUUGUAGGUUCUGUUAAGGGUGCCCAACUAGAAUAUGGUGGUAAAAGCCAUAUACAUAAAAAGGGGGAAAAUGAAAAAGCAGCAGUUCCUGAGAAGUCCUUAGAAAUUUCUGCAGAUGACUGGAGCAAGGGAAAUGUACUUAAGAGUUCAACAGGAGAGUAUAUUGAACCUGUGAAAAUUUUAGUGCCUCAGGACAGUUUAGCACAUAAAGUAAGCGAGAAUAAUCAUUCAAACCUUGAACAAGAAAAUAUCAGAGACGGCCCCUAUAACAAAAAGUCAAAUGUGAUAGAUAACAAAUCUGGACAGCUGACAGCCUAUGAUUUAAUUAGCAAUCGAGUAAUUAAGAAACCCAUGUCUGCAAGUGCCCUUUUUAUUCAGGAACAUCGUGCUCAGUUUCUCAUAGAAAAUCCUAAGACUAAUUUUGAGGAUGCAACAGUACAAAUUGAAGAACUGUGGAAGACAUUGAGUGAAGAGGAAAAACUCAAAUAUGAAGAAAAGGCCACUAAAGACUUGGAACGAUACAAUAGUCAAAUGAAGAAAGCUAUUGAACAAGAGUCACAAAUACCAUUAAAAGAUGGCAGAAAAAAGAUAAAAUCUGCCAGCGCCUGGAGUUUGGCACAGAAGCAGAAGUUGAAAACUUCAUUAUCCAGCCAGCCCAAACUUGAUGAGCUUUUUCAGUCCUGUGCUGAAAAAAAAAGGAUUGAAAAUAUUAAAAUAAUACAAGUCCCUUUUUCUAUGAAAAACUUGAAAAUAAAUUUUGAGAAACAAAAGAAAUUUGACUUAGAAGAAAAAGAUGAGCUUUGCUUGAUCCACAAUCUCAGGUUUCCUGAUGCCUGGCUAAUUACAUGCAAAAGAGAGGUAAUGUUACUAAAUCCAUAUAGAGUAGAGGAAGCCUUGCUAUUUAAAAGACUUCUUGAGAAUCAUAUACUUCCUGCAGAGCCACUGGAAAAGCCAAUUACAUUAACAGAGAGUCUUUUUAAUGGAUCUCAUUAUUUAGAGAUUUUAUAUAAAAUGACAACAGAUGACCAGAGGUAUGGUGGACCAACUUAUCUGUCUGAUCCUCGUCUUACAGCAAAUGGUUUCAAGAUAAAAUUGAUACCAGGAGUUUCUAAUACUGAAAACUACUGGGAAAUAGAAGGAAUGGCUAAUUGUCUCCCAUUCUAUGGAUUAAUGGAUUUAAAAGAAAUUCUUAAUGCUAUCUUAAACAAAAAUGCAAAGGAAAUUUACGAAUGUAGACCUCGUAAAGUGAUAAGUUAUUUAGAGGGAGAAGCAGUUCGGCUGUCUAGACAAUUACCCAUGUACUUAUCAAAAGAAGACAUCCAAGAUAUUAUCUGUAAAAUGAAGCACCAGUUUGGAAAUGAAAUUAAAGGCUGUGUUCAUGGCCGCCCAUUUUUUCAUCAUUUAACCCAUCUUCCAGACACUUCAUGAUUAAAUAUAAGAAAAUUAGUCACAGUUGAACUAGAUCUGCUCAUAAGACAAUGAGUCAGUUUUUUAACCAUUUUUGUAUUAUCAUGUGUCAAAUAGUUAUUUUGUAAAAGAAGACUCACUGGCUUUUAUAUUGGAAAGUUUCAAAACUUGUAAAAAAUAUCUUAAAUAAAUUAAGAGAUGAUUAUUUCAUUUUAUUCUUAAGACUAACCCUCAUAAUUUAUAAACUAGACUGCAACUGGGAAAUACUAUACUAGGUCAUCCCUGGACAAGGAAAAUACAAAUUCAGCUGGCAUAUCUAACAGAAGUUGUCAAUCUUGUUUAAAGUAGAAUGGAGACAGAGAAAGAAAAGUUCAGAGGAAGAACAGAACCAUAAUUUGAGAAAUCGUACCUACCUCCAUCUUGGGGGACCAGCUUAGAUGUUCCUGCUGCUUUAUUUCAGACAAUUAUUGGACUUUAGGGGUUGGAAUUCAUUGAAGAACUUGCCAAGAUUUCAGUUUUGACCCAGUUUAGGUUAUGAUCUAUUUUUUACAUCCCUUCGAAAACCAGCUACAGAGUAUACUUACUUAACAAAAAGUCGAAACGUUUUUUUAAAAAAUAUUUUUGUGUAAACUGUGUUAGCCCAAAUAUAGUGUGUCCACACGGCAUCUCCCAUAAUUCUCAUGGAUUGUCUUUAUAUUCUUAAGAUAUUUGUAUUAAGAUAACAAAUUGUAAUACUUGGAGUUCUACCUGUAGCCCACCCUUUGCCCUUACUGGAGUCAUCCUAUUUUCCAUGAACCAAUAUGUGGACUCAUUUUUUAGCUGAUAAUCUGUAUUGGUCCUACAGUAUCCUCUUGGAUGAAGAAACUAUUUUUUUUUUCCAUUUCUGAGUUCUGCCACCUGUGUGCUUAGUAGGAAGGGAGUAUUUACCACCUACUAGAUAAAGCGGGGCGUUUAUGUUAUAUGACCUCGUUCCAGCCUAACAUUUUGGGUGGCGUCUCCUGUUGAGCCCUGGAGCAGGCCACACGGCAUGACAUGAAAACAGGCUCUUGUGAGUCAUUUGGGCCCAGAAAAGACAGGUAUACAGUAUGUGAGGACUAGGGGAAUCCAAAACUCCUGGUCACCACUUUCACCAGUGCUACUUUGAAUCAGUCCAGGAUUGCAACUUGGCUCGCCAGAGCCUGGAGUGGCAGAGCGGGGGAGGUGGCGCCUGAGUUCCCAGCUGCGCCCGCUGGGCCUCCCAGGGCCGCACCCACCCCACAAGCCUUUGCGGCCACAGCCUUGGCGCGCUCGAGGCGCGCUCGAGGGGAAGAUGGCCGCAGCUCUCGGGACUGAGGUAACCGGCGUGCGUCUGGGGAGUCGCUGGGAGUUAGUUAACAGUGAGGAUGGGAUAUCCAGGGAGAGAAAAGCCUCCCCAAAUUACCUACUUGCCUCUUCUCAAGACUGUGGUGUUUGAGGCAUUGGACAGAAAAAUGGAGGACGUUCAUAUAAACCCUCAAAGUCUUUUCUCCUUCCUGACUCACGCACUGAGAUGUAUCCCCGGCCCUUAUAAUGUUUUUUUGUUUUUCGUUUUGUUUUGAAUCUUGAGACAGUUUCAGUAAAUUACCCAAACUGGGCUCGAACUUGUGAUCCUUCUCCUAAGUUUAGUGCCCAAAGGUGUUAACUUAGUAUCCCAGCCUCUCUGUUGCCAUAGCAUUGACGCCAGAGCCGGGGGAGAAUAGGCCUGAAGGCCUUUUUUGGACACGUUUUGUCAGGAAUGUUGCCAUGAACGGUUCUGCUUUAUUAGAUUUUAGAUA